GCCUAAAAAUCAAGCUAGGGCAGAGAGGUGUGGGGGUGGAGCUGCCCCACUUGCCCCACACCCACUUACCCUUGCAGCCAGGCCUCCCGUGCCCUGACACCUGCCUCACGAGCCCAUUUUUUCUGUGGCUACUCGCAUGCAUCACCCCCAACCUCCAUUUCACCGUCAGAGGCCUUCAGGAAAGGCCUCUACAGCAAAAAACUGAGCUAUGGUUCAUAGCUGAAUCCAUAGCUUGGUCCUUGGCUGUAGAGGCCUUUCCAGAAGCUUCUGAUGGUGAAAUGGAGGCCAGGGGCAACGUGCGCAAGUGGUGGCGAGUGGCUGCAGAAAAAGUGGGCCGGCUGGGUGGGGAUGUUUGUGCUGCUGCGAGGUGAGACUGUGGAAAAGACAUCCCCCCCCCCAAAUAAGACCUUGUGCCUCUUUUGGAAGCAAAAAAAAAAAAAAAAUUAUGAGACCAUGUCUUAUUUUUGGAGAAACAUGGUAGCUCUGUUGGACCUGUCACAACUUAAACCUCCAAAUAGAAUCGUUCCUUGCUUCCAUUUGUUGAUAAAGAUAUAGUUUAUUAGAGAUCAAGUGCACUGCAAUAUUGCAAAAUCAGGACUGAGAAUCGUGUGCCAAAAUCCCUAAGUUCUAUUUUCCCCUCCCUUAACUAAUUCUCAUUGCACAUCCCAGGGUAACCAGUCAGGUUCAGGCAAGAUAUUUUCAUAAUGGUCACUCCCAGCACAGUUUGGUAUGUGGCUCCCUGCUUCUUCCAGCUGGGUGACCUUGAGGCAACCUUUCGAGGAGAUACAGCACUUACUUUCAUUUUCCCAAGCAUUAGCCCCUUCAUUCCCCCUACCCACAGUUCAUGGCUGUCUGUCACCACAUAGCAGCAAAGCAGAAGCAAUCAUAAGGUGGCAGCUGACAAGCUCCAUUCCCCCUUUCACACAAUUAAUUGCAUGAAAUAGAGUGUCCAAAUAUUGCUAAUGCUUGGCCAGAUUUGCUGUAGUCAGGAUAAGCCAACAUAUACGGGGUACAUUUUACUCUAGACUGCAUCCUACAAAUGGUCUCUAACUUGACAGCAUGUACAAUGGCUUCAUUCUUAGCUGGCCUUUGGAUGUAAUAAAGUGUUUUAUUUGACUUGAGUGUCCAUAUUUUUAAUUCAUUUACUGGUGGUAUGCCUCACUUUUCCUCCGAGAGAUACACAAUACUUUCUCCUCCAUUUCCCCCUAGAAUAACUAUGAGAUAGGAUCUUUGUGCACCUUGCCUCAAUCUCCUCAACCUGUGACCUUGAAAAGAAGAACCUGAAAGGAAGCUAUCCACAGGAUCAUGAGAUCCAUUAAGUGGAAUUCCCCUCCAGAUUUUGCCACUGUAACUAGCAGUGUCAGGAAUAAAUUGCUGAGCGAGCAGGGCAGGCUGGCCCAUUAUUGAAACAGUGACGUGAAUGCUCCUGGAGCCAGACCCAGUGUGGGGUGAGGGUUCCCCCUUCAAUCAUCUCCUGGUUCCCAGAGGGCGAAACUGGUUUAUAAUGAAAGUUCCCCAGCUGUGGGUCACCUCAGAACUGAAGCACUGCAGAGGAAGGAGUUGGUUUAACCCUGAAGCUCCUUUACUUAUGAAUCAUUUGCCGUUCCUGCCUCCAAGACUGGAUUCUGUUGACAUGCAGUCUUCUAGAAUUCCAGGCCGAAAAAGAGGAAGACCCCCACUCCAUUCCAGCCCUAUGAAAAUGGCAGUUCAUAAUCUUUACUCUUCACCUCCUGGAUCUUUGCCGGUUGUGAAGAUCCCAAAGAAGCGAGGGAGAAAACCUGGGUAUAAGCUGAAAUCUCGUGUUCUAAUGACUCCUUUAGCAAUCUCCCCACCAAGAAGCACCCCAGAACCUGAUAUUAGUUCAAUCCCCCAGGAUGCGGCUACAAUUCCCAACUCAGCAGCACCACAAGCCCUCACAGUCUGCCUUUAUGUCAACAAGCAAGCGAAUGUGGGGCCGUACCUUGAGCGAAAGAGAGUGCAGCAACUCCCAGAUCACUUUGGACCUGAACGACCUUCCACGGUGUUACAGCAGGCAGUUCAGGCAUGCAUUGAUUGUGCCCACCAGCAAAAGACUGUCUUCUCUCUUGUCAAGCAGGGCUAUGGCGCUGAAAUGGUGUCAGUUUCUGCCUCUUUUGAAGGAAAACAACACCUCUUGAGUCUCCCGGUUGUGAACAGUAUUGGUUAUGUUUUGCGAUUCCUCAAAAAGCUUUGCCGUAACUUAUUAUGCGACAAUCUUUUCAGCAACCAGCCUUUUCCACAAUAUAACACUUCUGAAAACCCAGAAGAAUAUGAAAAUGGACGGAUGGAAUCAGCAGAAACAAUUAUACCUGAAGAUUAUCUGGUUGAACCCCUGGCUACAAAACACUACAGCAUUGAUCCCUCUGAUUCAGCAUUUAAUUGCGUGGGAUCUUUGUACUCUAUGAGACAAAAUUCUGGAGAGGGACGGCACGGUGGAGGAUCGUCUUCCUCCUGCAGUCAUCGUUCUGCUCAAGUGGCUUCUGGAGGACCAUCAACCGCUACUCUGAGGCAUCAAACAUCCAGCCCAACCAGAAACGGAACCAUUCUGGAAGGAAACAGAAAUGCCUCCAGUCCAUCUCCAGACAGACAGGAUGCAACAAGACCCACAAGCAAAAAUCCUUUGACCUGGACUGUUGAUGAUGUGGUAUGGUUUGUUAAAGAUGCGGAUCCUCAUGCGUUAGGACCCCACGUGGAACUCUUCAGGAAACAUGAGAUUGAUGGCAAUGCUCUCUUGCUACUGAAAAGCGACAUGAUCAUGAAAUAUUUGGGUCUGAAGCUGGGACCAGCACUCAAACUCUGUUAUCACAUCGAUAAAUUGAAACAAGCCAAGUUCUGAUGCUUUUUUAAAAGACCAAACAAUCCCAAUAUAAAUCAAGGAAGUAGAUAAAAGGUAACAAGUUGCCUUAUGGAAAGAUAAUCCAUUUUCAAGCUGCUUCUCCUCUCUUUUGUACUGAGAACUUGGCCUUUAUAAAAGCGUUCAUCUUCACCAUUUUAAUUCAAUGAAGGGGGGAGGGGUGAUGUGUUUUUGCUGAUUUGUGUUAAUACUUUUCCAAAAAAAGUAUGCAAUUAUAAUUAUUUUGUAUUAUUCAUAUUGUUGUUAAUAUUAUUAAGUCCUAUUUUUGUAAUCAUAAAAGAAAAAAACGUACGCCAAAAGAUCUUCCCUACUUUUUAGAAAAGAAGAAAUUAGAAAAGCUUUAGGAAAUCUUCUUCUGAGCUGCUUCGCAUCAGUCUGGCCGUUGUGUUUGACCAAGUCAGGUGAUUUGCCUUAUGAAUUUGCAGUCAAAAUCAGAGCACUCUCCUAUCACCUCAGAGUGGUUUUCAACUGAAAUCAAUGAAUGCAUUUAGCUGCCAAUCAUCAAUUGUUGUCUAGCAACAUUCAUGCAUCUGCGAACAAACUCGUAAACUAAUUCUUUUGUGUAGCCACACAUGCAUUCCUUUAACAGGAGACCCCAUCUUUAUAUUGCCCAGUGACCUCGGAGGAUCACAGAAUAUUCUGGGAAUACAAAGAUAAAAAUUGUGCAUUUAUUUGGCAAUACACUGUGAAUUUAAUCAUGUUUACAUGGCAUUCAGUCUGUCAACCUACUGAACAGUUACUGAAUGCUGUUCCCCAGGUUCUUCCUUGCUACCCUGAGUCAUAUGCUUUCCAACAUAAUCAUCAGCAUGAAGGUUUCUUUCAUGUGAUUUUGGAUAUCUAGAAGCAUAUUGGCAACAGACCAUUUUAUAACAUGAUAAGUGUACAACAGUCCUCCAGUUGAAAAUAAUGAGGAAAUGUCCCUUCUGCAGUCUUCACCCAAAGUCUAGGAAGUAAUGUAGAAACUCACAAUUGCUCAGCAUUUGACUUUUAACUCCUGGCUGCAUAGGUUCUAGAUGAAAGGUCAUGCCAAAUAUUCAUAGUUCAUAGAACUGCUCCCUACGCUUUGAAAAUGUUAUGUGACAAAUGUUAACGUCACUGUAACGGAAAUCACAGGUGCUGAUUUGCUUAGUCAUUCUUUGGUGGUUAGCUGGCUAGCAGCUAGUCAUUCUUUGGGUUGUUACCAAGCUUUCCACUUCACCAAAGCUGCCCUGAAUGUACAGAGAAACACUGCCAGGAGCAAGAGGUUACAUAUCUCACAAAGCUUUGAAGUGAAUAAUAUCUGUCUGCUCCAAGCUUGAAGUAACUCAAAGGAUGUAUAUUCUUUGCAACUCGUAAUAGAAAAAAUGCUUAUUGCUGACCAGUGACUGCUUAGCAGUCAAAUUUGCGAAGUGUAAUCCCCUCUUACUAAAGGUCCACUCUGAGCCACAUUUUGUACCUAACUUUGAUAUGAUUUGGUUAACUAAAAUAAUACACUGCAGUUACUUAUUUGAUAUAUGCACAGUGAUCAUUGGUUGAUUAGAUAAGUGCCAGGAAACCUACAAAUUUGCACCCAGUUAACUGAACGUAUUAUGUCAUACUAUGAUAUUAUGGAAAAUCUGUCCCAUGGUUUGCACUAUUUUGAAAACCUGAAUUAUUUCAGUAGGAGCAGGAAUAUUUCUCUCUCUUAUCUGAAGUAUCCUGUUUUGUCACUAGAGGAUUUGAUGUUAAUCAACUCCAGUCUUGAGCUGUGAUAGCAUCAUUACACUCUAAAGAGCAACUUUCCCUUGAGUGAUAUCUCACCUUUAAUCAAAUACUGCAUGGGCUUAUAGCUUCCUCUCUAAUCAAACCUUCCUGUUGCAGAUGGUACUUCUACUCUUCAUAUGUGAAAGACAGUUUGUGGAUUGAUACGAGAACAACAAGUGAGAGUCCUAUCGUCAAGAGUUUUGGUUAGGAAGCUUACAUACCAAACAAACAGAUUAACCAGUAAUUUUCCUUCCUGAUCUGGUUCUAUUCUGCAAAUAUUUUAUUGUGUAUUUGGAGGGGGGAGGAAACCCGCACAGAUAAUGUGUCAGGAAGAAGGGUAAAAUAAUUAAAAGCUGCAUUGUAGACUCACAAGGAUGUUCACUCUGGAAGAAACAUAAGUUAGCAUUAAUUUUGUCUUGUGGCUGAAGUUACAAAAAUUGCAUUAAUCAUCAAUAGAUGUGUUAUCCUAUACAGUUGUACUACAUAUCUGCCAUUAUUCCAUCUACAUGCUACAUCUGAUCAGCUGUGGGAGAAGGGGAGAACAAGAUCUUUGUGAUAAAUUGUGAUAAAUUGGAAAAAUUGAAUAUAAUCUUGUUUUUCUUGAUUUUAAACUUGUGUGUAAGUACAUCUCAGAGAAAAAAGAUAGUGUUUUGCCCUAAUCAUGGAAAUGUAUCCCAGAUUCUUUACAUUACGUAUAUUCUAACUUCUUUGUUUAGAUUAACAUAAUCUCAGAUACCCUGGAAAUAUUCAGAGCAUUGGUGUCCAAAAAUAGAACAGAUACAUAUAUUCUUAUUGUUAUUAACUCACAUCUUGUUGCUGCAAGGCAUGGACCUUUCUACAUCCAUCAGAUGUUUUACAGAGAGGGAAAGAGGGCACUUGGAACUUGUCACAUGCACAAUGUCAGCAUAUCCACAACUGCUAUUCCUUGGAGGUCCAUAACUUGGCAUCCUGUUAGCAUAAUUGCAGGAUGGGUCCCACAGGAGAUUCACACAUGCAAACGAGCAGUUGUCUUUCAGAACAGUCUUAUUAUGUGCAGAUCACCUUCUCAUUAGACUAGAGGUAUAUAUAUAUCUAUAUAUCUUGAUCUCUAGGGUUUUAAACUAUUUUUGUAAGCACAUUUAAAUCAGGUCAAGUCCUCCGAGGUUUGGUCAAUUAAACUGAAAUACAUAUAUGAAUAAACUUAACAGAAGAAGUAAGUGCUUAAGUUCGGUCUAUGGCACUGUGAGUCUGAAGUGGCAGAGAGGAUCAAUUCCUUUAACUUGAAAAUUUGUGAACACACGAACAAGAUAUUUGUACAGUUGUACAGUUAAGCACAAUCCUUGCUUUUUAAGACAGAGGUGUUCUGUUUCAUCUGAGUGUAUAUAGAGUUGAAUAUAAUUGUACUGUUGAAUUCUGCAAAUCCCAUGACAAUCUUGUCUCAUUCUUACUCCUCACUGGGGACCUGGUUUCUCCUUUAAGUGCAAUUUUUUGUUCUGUUUCAUUGAAAUAACCAUAUGUAAAUAUUGUUCCUCUUCAGCAAGCAUUCAAUUUUCAUUAAGAUGUCUCCCAUUUUGAUGAAUCCUUGUAAUUUUUUAUAUUAACCAAGAUCUCCACCUCAUUAUGUCAGCUUAUUCUACAUUAAAAGGCUGUAUCGGUUCCUCGGAA